AUGGCUCAUUUUUCUCAUGAAAAACGUGCCAUUUUUAGGGUUUCUUUGGCGGUGGUUGUCAUGGCGGUGAUUGUUUCUAGGGGUGAUGCAAAAUGCGCAUUUGAGGCAAUCUUCAACUUCGGUGACUCGAACUCUGACACCGGUGGUUUUUUUGCUGCUUUUCCAUCUCAGUCUUCUCCCAACGGCAUGACCUACUUUAACCGCCCGACUGGCCGACCUAGCAAUGGCCGUCUCUUUAUCGAUUUCCUAGCUAAUGCAGCUCAAGGUUUGGGAUUGCCAUUUCUGAGCCCUUACCUGCAGUCAAUUGGAUCUGAUUACAGACACGGAGCCAACUUUGCCACGUCAGCUUCGACGGUUCUUCAGCCAAACACUUCCUUAUAUGUCACCGGUGUUAGCCCCUUUUAUCUGGCUGUCCAGAUCAACCAAAUGAAGAAUUUCAAGGCAAGAGUUGAAGAAUUCAAAUCCCAAGGACAAACCAAUCUUCCUCAACCGGAUGUAUUCGGAAAAUCGCUCUACACAUUCUACAUCGGCCAAAACGACUUCACUGGCUAUGCAUCCUCAGCGGGCCCCGGCGGUGUCAAGCAAAUUCAACCACAAAUCAUUUCCCAAAUUGUUAGCGCCAUCAAGGAAAUCUAUUGGCUAGGAGGGCGAACAUUUAUGGUCCUAAACCUAGCUCCGGUGGGUUGUUACCCUACAUUCUUGGUACAACAAUCACAGGGUGGCUCGGAUAUAGAUCCUUCCGGAUGCAUGAUGUCAUACAACAACGCAGUAAACGAUUACAACGAGAAUCUCAAGCAAGCUCUCUCCCAAGUUAGGCAAGAACUCAACGACGCAAACGUGAUCUACGCUGACACAAACUCCGUCAUUCUUGACCUUUUCCGAAACCCCACUUCACACGGUACAUUUUCUUGAAUAACCCCCUAUAUCCAGAAAUCGAAUUUUCUUUUU